GUGGGAGGCUGGAGGGAGCGCUGGGGGAUGCACCACCCACGCCUCCCUGGCUGUCACUCUCCCCGGCGCCCGGGCCUCGCAGGUAGAGACGCCCCCUCCCGCGGUUCGCGGGGCCAGGGAGGAGGGGCUGGGCUCCGAGCGCCCGCCCCUCCAUCUAUCACAUGGCCGGAGAGUCACAAAAACAACAGCUUUGGCCAAGCCUGUGACUUCAGGAAGGGAACCGGGGCCCUCCGCCGCCAGCCCCCCUCCCCAUGGAGGACAGUUUGCUGGAAUCGUUCGGGAGGCUGAGCCUCCAACAGCGGCGGCGGCAGCAGCAGCAGCAGCAGCAGCAGCAGCAGCAGCAGCAGCAGCAGCAGCAGCAGCCGCCUCCUCGGCCGCCGCCCGCGCGGGGGCCACCUCCGCGCCGCCACAGCUUUAGGAAACACCUCUACCUCCUGCGCGGCCUCCCGGGCUCGGGGAAAACCACGCUGGCCAGACAGCUGCAGCACGACUUUCCCAGGGCCCUGAUUUUCAGCACCGAUGACUUUUUCUUCAGGGAAGAUGGCACCUAUGAGUUCAACCCUGACUUCUUGGAGGAAGCUCAUGAGUGGAACCAGAAAAGAGCAAGGAAAGCGAUGAGGAAUGGCAUUUCCCCUGUUAUUAUUGACAACACCAACCUGCACGCCUGGGAGAUGAAGCCCUAUGCAGUCAUGGCACUUGAGAAUAACUAUGAAGUUAUAUUCCGAGAACCCGACACUCGCUGGAAAUUCAACGUUCAAGAGUUAGCAAGAAGAAAUAUCCAUGGCGUCCCAAGAGAAAAAAUACACAGAAUGAAAGAACGGUACGAACACAAUGUUACCUUUCACAGUGUCCUUCAUGCAGAGAAGCCAAGCAGAGCCAACAGGAGCCAAGACAGGAACGGCGUGCCGCCCAGUGGCCCUGGGUACUGGAGUGCCUACACAGAGCUGCCUGCCCGAAGGGCUCACGGAGGCUUCUCCAACGGGAGCUAUAGAAGGGGCGGCUGUCACCACGGAUACUAGCAGUCUGUGCACAGUCACUGCAGAAUUUUCCUAGACAGAGUUUCUACUUCAAUUUUUGGUAUUUUAUUCUUUGUUCAGCUUUAGCCAGAGCUCUAAUUCCAGUGUAAAUAGCCAAGCCCAGAAGUUUCUGAACAGAGGUCACUAUACUCGUUACCUCCAACGAGCAGUGUGAAGAGCGCCCAUACGCAUGGUCUGACACUGGGGGUCUGCUAAGGACUCGAGGGUCUUUCUCUAGGCAAAGAAUUGAUUUGAAACGGAAAUCCAGGAUUACCAAUUAGUUGCACAGAGUCGUGAAUAAGCAAGGUGUUACUAGUCCAUCUCUAUAGGCUACAGUACCACUGUCUGACAAAUCCACCUCUCCGAAGACCUGCAGAGGUGAGGGAGGCCGAGGCAGAAGUGGCUUAGUACCACCCCUCCUCCAGUGCUCGGCUCCCAGAAGCCUAAUGCCCGGGAGGGAGCGCUGCCCCUCAAGGUGGAGUUAGGAGGGCUGUUCCCUUACUUUAGUGAUGUGUGCCUGUUACUGGGACCACUAGUCGGACCAAGCACUUGGCAGUCAGCAGGGUAGACCCCUUCCUUCAGCUUGUAGUCAACAGUGUAAAUAAACCUGCUUUCGCAAAACACCAAAUUUUAGGAAGAAUCAAGUGAUUUCUAAAAUGAUACCUGUAUUGUGUAAUUAGUUAGCAACCCGAUGUUUAGGAGCGCGAAGCAAUGAAGCAGCCGGGGUAUACAACCAGCAGGUCACACCAGGAAACGUGAGUCAUGCUCACUGAGAUGGCCAGUUGGCUGUUCCAUGUGGUGUUGAGACAGUAGACUGUGGAAUGCCCCUCAUACCAAUUUUGAAUUUAUGAGUCCAAAUUAAAUCCCAGCAGGCUGGAAUCAGACUCAUUGGUCCAAGACCAUGACAAGACCGUGUAGGAUAUAUGCUCUAUUUAUUUUUGGCCAACAGCUUCUUUCUAAUGUUUUGUGAAGUAUUAUUUUAAGUGUCUUAUAUAAUGGUGCUUUUAUGGUUAUUAAAAUUGUAUAUGGUAUUGAAUUUA